GGUCCGAUUAAAAUUGUUAUCUCACGCUCGACGUAAGGUACACAUAAAAUACAUAAGAUAAAAGAUAAGAUUACUCUGCAAUUCUUAUCAUCGUGAAGGUUACGAGAAGCAACGGCGCGGAUACUUAAUUAUGUUGCAGAUGGGAAAGCAAUUAGAUGAGCGCCCUUUCGCAGGGUAAGACAGAAGUGAGUUGUUGGUCCGAUUGGCAAAAUGACGACCGACAUCUCGGUGGUGCGCGGGGUUUGGGACCCCACACUACAACAAGAGAUUGUCGAUGAGUACGAAUACGACGGGGGAAACUCGAGCUCGAGACUUUUCGAACGUUCACGGAUCAAAGCAUUAGCUGGUGAACGUGAAUUAGUACAAAAAAAGACUUUCCAGAAAUGGGUGAAUUCGCAUUUAGUUCGGUGUUCGUGUCGAAUCGGCGACUUGUACCUGGACCUUCGGGAUGGGAAGAUGCUCAUAAAGCUGUUGGAAAUUUUGUCCGGGGAACGUUUGCCGCGGCCGACGAAGGGAAAAAUGCGAAUUCACUGUUUGGAGAACGUCGACAAAGCCCUGCAAUUCUUGCGCGAGCAAAGGGUGCACCUGGAGAACAUGGGAUCGCACGAUAUAGUCGAUGGAAAUCCUCGUUUAAGCUUGGGUUUGAUCUGGACCAUCAUUCUCCGAUUCCAAAUUCAAGACAUCACCAUCGAGGAAACGGACAAUCAGGAGACAAAAUCAGCGAAGGACGCUUUGCUCCUUUGGUGUCAGAUGAAGACCGCAGGAUAUCACAACGUGAACGUACGAAAUUUCACCACGUCCUGGCGCGAUGGGUUGGCCUUCAAUGCGAUCAUCCAUAAACAUCGUCCUGAUCUGAUUCAGUUCGACAAGCUCUCGAAAUCGAACGCCAUUUACAAUCUGAACAAUGCGUUCAACGUGGCGGAAGACAAGCUUGGUCUCACGAAACUCCUCGACGCCGAGGACAUAUUCGUCGACCAUCCGGACGAGAAGUCGAUCAUCACCUACGUGGUGACAUACUAUCAUUACUUCUCAAAGAUGAAGCAGGAAACCGUUCAGGGGAAAAGGAUAGGCAAGGUGGUGGGCAUCGCGAUGGAGAACGACCGCAUGAUCCACGAAUACGAGAGCCUGACCAGCGAUUUGUUGCGCUGGAUCGAAGGCACCAUAGAGGCUCUGGGCGACCGUAGAUUCGCGAAUUCGCUGGUCGGCGUUCAGUCUCAGCUAUCACAGUUCUCGAAUUAUCGUACCGUAGAGAAGCCGCCUAAGUUUGUCGAAAAAGGUAACCUGGAGGUGCUGUUGUUCACGUUGCAGUCGAAAAUGCGAGCAAAUAAUCAAAAGCCGUACACGCCUAAAGAGGGCAAGAUGAUUUCGGAUAUCAACAAAGCGUGGGAGAGACUGGAGAAGGCUGAGCACGAGCGGGAGCUGGCUCUGCGAGAGGAACUGAUUCGUCAGGAGAAAUUGGAGCAGUUAGCCGCCAGGUUCAAUCGAAAGGCCAGUAUGCGUGAGACUUGGCUGUCCGAGAACCAACGACUGGUCUCGCAGGAUAAUUUCGGUUUCGAUCUUGCCGCGGUGGAGGCCGCCGCCAAGAAGCACGAAGCCAUCGAGACCGACAUAUUCGCGUACGAGGAACGUGUCCAAGCGGUGAUGGCUGUCUCGCAGGAGCUCGAAGCCGAGAACUAUCACGAUAUCGAGCGUAUCAACGCGCGCAAGGACAACGUACUGAGACUGUGGAACUAUUUGAUAGAACUGCUUCACGCCAGAAGAAUGAGAUUGGAGCUAUCGCUGCAGCUGCAACAAAACUUCCAGGAGAUGCUGUAUAUCCUCGACAGCAUGGAGGAGAUCAAGAUACGUUUGCUGACCGACGAUUACGGCAAGCAUUUGAUGGGCGUGGAGGAUCUUCUGCAGAAGCAUUCCCUCGUGGAAGCCGACAUAAACGUUCUAGGAGAGAGAGUGAAAGCCGUGGUUCAACAGAGUCAAAGAUUCUUGGAGCACGGCGAAGGGUAUCGACCGUGCGAUCCAACGAUAAUCGUGGAACGCGUGCAACAGCUCGAGGACGCGUACGCAGAAUUGGUCCGUUUGGCCGUCGAACGUCGUGCCAGGUUAGAGGAGUCUCGCAAACUUUGGCAAUUCUAUUGGGACAUGGCGGACGAGGAGAACUGGAUAAAGGAGAAGGAACAGAUCGUAUCGACGGGAGACAUCGGUCACGAUCUGACGACUAUAAACUUAUUGCUGACGAAACACAAAGCUUUGGAGAACGAAAUCCAGUCGCACGAACCGCAACUGAUGUCCGUGGACGCUGUCGGGAACGAGCUGGUUCGUCAGCAACACUUUGGCUCGGAUCGUAUUCAGGAGAGGCUUCAAGAGAUCCUGGGAAUGUGGAACCACCUGUUGGACCUGGCCGCGUUCAGACGAAAACGGUUGGAGGAGGCUGUCGAUUAUCAUCAGCUGUUCGCGGACGCCGACGAUAUCGAUAUUUGGAUGUUGGACACCUUGAGACUCGUUUCGUCGGAAGACGUCGGCAGAGACGAAGCCAAUGUUCAGUCGUUAUUGAAGAAGUACAAGGACGUCACGGACGAGCUUAAGAACUACGCUACGACGAUCGAUCAGCUUCACCAGCAGGCUUCCGGUCUCGGCGAACACGACGCGAAAUCGUCCGAGGUGCUCGAGAGACUGGCCUCCAUAGACUCGAGAUACAAAGAAUUGAUGGAGUUGGCCAAGCUGCGUAAACAGAGACUGUUAGACGCGCUGUCUCUGUACAAGUUGUUCAGCGAGUCGGACGGUGUCGAGCAAUGGAUCGGCGAGAAGAACAGAAUGCUGGAGACGAUGGUACCCGCCAAGGACAUCGAAGACGUCGAGAUCAUGAAGCACCGGUACAACGGCUUCGAGAAGGAAAUGUACGCGAAUGCUUCGCGGGUCGCCGUCGUAAAUCAACUGGCGAGGCAGUUGUUGCACGUCGAGCAUCCGAAUUCCGAGCAGAUAGUCGCUCGACAGAACGAACUGAACCAGAAGUGGGCCGAGUUGAGGGACAAGGCCGAGAACAAACGCGACGAGCUGAACUCCGCGCACGGUGUGCAGACCUUCCACAUCGAGUGCCGCGAGACCGUGUCCUGGAUCGAGGACAAGAAGCGUAUCCUCCAGCAAACCGACAGCCUGGAGAUGGACCUGACCGGCGUGAUGACUUUGCAGCGUCGACUCAGCGGAAUGGAACGCGACCUGGCAGCCAUACAAGCCAAACUGGACGCCUUGAAGCUGGAGGCUCAGAACAUUCAGCAGCAGAACCUGGAGGACCCGGAAAUGAUUCGCGAGAGGAUCACGCAGAUCCGUACGAUCUGGGAGCAGCUCACUCAGAUGCUGAAGGAACGCGACGCCAAGUUGGAGGAGGCGGGCGAUUUGCACAGAUUCUUGAGAGACCUCGAUCACUUCCAGGCGUGGCUGACCAAGACGCAGACAGACGUUGCCAGCGAGGACACACCGACCACGUUGGCCGAUGCCGAGAAGCUGUUGACGCAGCAUCAGAACAUCAAGGAGGAGAUCGACAACUACACCGACGAUUAUCAGAAGAUGAUGGAGUACGGCGAGACGUUGACCAGCGAGGCUGGCGAUGGCGACACGCAAUACAUGUUCCUCAGAGAGAGAUUGAACGCUCUGAAGAUGGGUUGGGAGGAGUUGCACCAGAUGUGGGUGAAUCGGCAGAUCCUGUUGUCCAACUCGUUGAAUUUGCAAGUAUUCGAUCGCGACGCUCGUCAGGCAGAGGUCCUUUUGUCUCAGCAAGAGCACAUUCUCGCCAAGGACGAGACGCCGACCAACUUCGAGCAGGCGGAGCACUUGAUCAAACGGCACGAGGCUUUUAUGACGACGAUGGACGCGAACGACGAAAAGAUCAAUUCCGUUGUGCAGUUCGCCGGAAGACUUGUCGACGAGGGACACUUCGCUGCAGAUAAAGUCACGAAGAAGGCCGAAAACAUAAACGAUCGUCGUCGUAUUAAUCGCGAGAAGGCUAAUCAGUACAUGGAGAAACUCAAGGACCAACUGCAGUUACAGAUGUUCCUGCAGGAUUGCGAGGAACUGGGAGAAUGGGUGCAGGAGAAGCACAUUACCGCCCAGGACGAAACUUACAGAAGUGCCAAGACCGUGCACAGUAAAUGGACGAGACACCAAGCCUUCGAGGCGGAGAUAGCCAGCAACAAAGACCGUUUGCAGCAGUUGCAACAGGCCGCCGAAGAACUGAUUCAACAGAAGCCGGAUUUAGCCAAGAUCAUCAAUCCAAAGGUGGCUGAAUUGGCCGAUCAAUUCGAGGAACUCGAAACCACCACCCACGAUAAGGGUGAACGGCUGUUCGACGCGAAUCGCGAGGUACUGAUACACCAGACUUGCGACGACAUCGACUCGUGGAUGAACGAGCUGGAGAAGCAGAUCGAGAGCACAGACACCGGCUCGGACUUGGCGUCCGUCAAUAUCCUGAUGCAAAAGCAACAGAUGAUCGAGACUCAGAUGGCGGUGAAGGCUCGACAGGUGACGGAACUUGACAAGCAGGCCGAACACCUGCAGCGCACAGUUCCCGAGGACAAAAUGGAGGAGAUCAAGUGCAAGAAGGAAAAGGUCGCUCAGAGAUUCGCCCAGUUGAAGACGCCUUUGGUAGAUCGUCAGCGUCACCUCGAGAAGAAGAAGGAGGCGUUCCAGUUCAGGCGCGACGUCGAGGACGAGAAGCUCUGGAUUGCCGAAAAGAUGCCACAGGCCACCAGCAACGAGUACGGGAACUCGUUGUUUAACGUACACAUGCUGAAGAAGAAGAACCAGUCGUUGCGUACGGAGAUCGAGAAUCACGAGCCCAGGAUCAACUUGGUGUGCAACAACGGGCAGAAACUGAUCGACGAGGAGCACGAAGACAGUCCUGAGUUCCAGAAGCUGAUAUCCGAGUUGACGGAGAAGUGGAAGGAAUUGAAGAACGCCGUGGACGACAGGAACAAGCAUCUGCUUCAAAACGAGAAGGCGCAACAGUACUUCUUCGACGCAACCGAGGCGGAGUCGUGGAUGAGCGAGCAGGAACUGUACAUGAUGGUAGAGGAUCGUGGCAAGGACGAGAUUUCUGCCCAGAAUCUGAUGAAGAAGCACGAAUCGUUGGAGCACGCCGUAGAAGAUUACGCGGAGACGAUUCGUCAGCUGGGAGAAACUGCGAGGCAGCUUAUCAACGAUCAACAUCCACUGGCCGAUCAGAUUGCCGUGAAGCAGUCGCAGGUGGAUAAGUUGUACGCUGGAUUGAAAGAUCUGGCCGGGGAACGACGAGCCAAGUUGGACGAGGCGCUCCAACUCUUCAUGCUUAAUAGAGAGGUGGGCGAUUUGGAACAAUGGAUCACCGAGAGGGAACUGGUCGCGGCAAGCCACGAGUUGGGCCAGGAUUACGACCACGUGACACUCCUGUGGGAAAGAUUUAAGGAAUUCGCUCGAGACACGGAAGCGAUAGGCUCCGAAAGAGUUGCCGCGGUGAACGGAAUCGCUGAUUCGUUGAUCGCAACCGGCCACUCCGACGCGGCUACCAUCGCCGAAUGGAAGGACGGUUUGAACGAGGUCUGGCAAGAUUUGCUCGAGCUGAUCGAGACGCGAACGCAAAUGCUCCAAGCCAGCCGCGAACUGCACAAAUUCUUCCACGAUUGCAAGGAUGUGCUUGGAAGGAUCCUAGAGAAACAAAACGCCAUGUCCGACGAGCUUGGUCGCGAUGCUGGCUCUGUGUCUGCUCUUCAACGAAAACACGGUAACUUCAUGCAGGAUCUGUCCACGCUACAGAGUCAGGUAUCGCAGAUCCAGGAGGAAUCUGCCAAACUUCAGGCGAGCUAUGCUGGCGAUAAAGCUAGAGAGAUAACGAACCGCGAGGGAGAAGUGGUGGCUUCUUGGAACAAUCUACAGUCGCUUUGCGAGGAAAGAAGAACGAAACUGGAGGACACCGGCGACCUGUUCCGUUUCUUCAACAUGGUCAGGACUCUGAUGAUCUGGAUGGACGACGUUGUGCGUCAAAUGAACACGUCCGAGAAGCCACGCGACGUUGCUGGCGUCGAGCUUCUGAUGAACAACCAUCAAAGUUUGAAGGCUGAGAUAGAUGCCAGAGAGGAUAACCUAAUGGCGUGUAUCAAUCUCGGAAAGGACUUGUUAGCUAGGAAUCAUUAUGCCAGUACUCAAAUCAAGGAGAAAUUGGCAGCACUCACCGAUCAUAGGAACGCGUUGUUGCAUAGAUGGGAGGAACGUUGGGAAAACUUGCAGCUAAUUUUGGAAGUCUAUCAAUUCGCUAGGGAUGCAGCAGUUGCCGAAGCAUGGCUAAUUGCUCAAGAACCAUAUCUUAUGAGCCAAGAACUCGGCCACACUAUCGACGAAGUUGAGAAUUUAAUUAAGAAACACGAAGCAUUCGAAAAAUCGGCAGCUGCGCAAGAAGAAAGGUUUAGUGCCUUGCAUCGACUUACCACGUUUGAGUUGAAAGAAUUGAAGAGGAGAGAACAGGAACGAGAAGAAGAAGAAAAACGUAAAAAAGAAGAAGCAGCAGCUGCCGAGGCAGCUCGGUUAACUAAAGCUACGCCAGUAACUAGUCCGGAUGAACCGCCCAGUGAAAGAGCCGAAGCUGAAGGUGUACCCAGUGGAGAACGUCCUGUCGGCGAAGACGAAUCACAUGUGGCACAUCGCAAGGCUUCCACACGUACACCACAGCCUCAAGAUAAACCCAAGGAAGUGCAUGCUCAGAAACCUGCACGUCUAUCUGUGCGAGGAGAAGAAAUGCCAUCUGCAACGCCCUUGUCUACGAAAUCUGCACAGGGUCUAUCCAGUCCAACAACUCCAAAAGGUGGAAGCGGUUCCGAGUCUGGUACUUUAAGACGUAAGGAACGUAGUCGCAGCAAAUCGCCAUUCAGAAGUUUCCGCUGGAGAAAAUCAGCCAAAUCGCCGAGUUUAGAUCGCAGUGGUGUGAGUGAUGAUGAACGCAGUAUUUCCGAACAACGAAGUCCUACGGACGAUGAAUUCGAAGGUGUAUUGCAAAGAAAACACGAGUGGGAGAGCACAACGAAGAAAGCGUCCAACCGAUCCUGGCACAAGGUGUACAUGGUUGUCCGUGGACAAAGUUUAUUCGUCUAUACUGACCAAAAGUCGUUCAAAGCUGCGCCUGAUCAAUCGUACAAAGGAGAAUCUCCUCUCGACCUGAGAGGCGCGACUAUUACCGUAGCGAAUGAUUACACUAAGAAGAAACACGUCUUCCGAGUAAAAUCGCAAAGCGGAUCCGAUUUCCUGUUCCAGGCCAAAGACGACGCUGAAAUGAACGAAUGGGUUACAGUGCUAAAUCAAGCAGCACAGGGUGCAUCGGGUGCAAGUACGUCUAGGGCUCAUACCUUGCCCGCGCCCACACAAGCCGAAACCAAGCGGCGUAGCUUCUUCACUCUCAAGAAAAACUAAACCGGAGCAGUGAAGUUCGGUAUAAGCCGCUCAGCACAACACACGCGUUUAAAGAGAAAUGUUUCGUCGCUCUGUGUGGUUAAAGCAACGCUAACAUAAGAAAUUAGGAGACAUACACACGGCCAUGGUGUUU